UCGCACGCGCCUUCCGGCUCUCUCAAAACCCUCCACCCACCCACCCAAACUGCUCGCUAAUCCACGGGACGCACGCGCGGCCCUGGGGUGCAAUGCAAGGAAUGUGGCUCUGGUCUCGACGACACCCCUUAAGCAGCAUGCGGGGCUUUGGAAAGUGAAGGGCUGAAGAGAAAAGCGAGGAGGAGGGGCGCGAGCUGGGGCCAGCCCUGCCAGGAGGAGGAGGAGGAGGAGGAGGAAUAAUUGAGGAGCUCGCGUCGGCCGGGGUUGUGUAUGCACCGGCCUCGCGCUCGGCUCGGGAGCGGCGGCCCCUCACAAGCAAGCGGGGCGAGGUGUGCACGCGCGCGCGCGCGCUGUAUAUGUGUGUGGGGAGAGAAGCAAGCAGACAGGUGCGGCGGUAACAGCAGCAGCGACCGAAGAGAGUAGGAGCAUCGAGGCACCGCGCCUUGCUUCCCUACAGCGCCCCAACAUGAGAAAAAAGGCGCCCUGACUGCCGCUCCGAGCUCCUGGACCUGCUUCGCCGGGGGUGGGGUGGGGUGGCGCAGCACCGCGGGCCCCCCAACCUUAACCCGUCUCACAGCUCGGACGAGGUGUCGUCCCCACCCUCGCCGCCGCCACCACUACCACCACACGCCCUUACCCCGGGGGAAGCGAUGAGCUAUGAAGCCACCCGGCAGAAGUUCUCUGCGGCAGCAGCCCGUCUCUGGCCGCCGCUACCGCAACAGCAGCAGCAAUCUCUCUACUACGGCUCCUCCGACCUCCUCUUCCUCGUCUUCUUGGCCGCCGCGGCUGCCUCUGUCCAGCUUCUUCCAUCUCCUCUUUUUGACGCUUCUGGUCUUCUGCCCCGGAUGCCCACAGAGCCGGGGGGUUAUUGCUGCCACCGCUCUGCAUUGGAAUGAAACUGCAGGAGAUGUAGGAAGAACACUGGCAGACGGUGAAGACACUGCAUUUCAACAGACAAACAGUAGCAGCAGUAAAAAUGACAGUCACAGCAGUGCAUUCCAGAAAGAAAUCACUUUGCCUUCAAGACUUGUCUAUUAUCUUAACAGAGACUCUGAAAGCCCUUACCAUGUCUUGGAUACUAGGACAAGGCACCAGCAAAAACACAAUAAGGCUGUACAUCUGGCUCAGGCAAGUUUCCAGAUUGAGGCCUUCGGCUCCACAUUUAUUCUUGACCUCUCAUUGAAUAAUGAUUUAUUAUCCUCUGAUUAUGUGGAGAUUCAUUAUGAAGAUGGAAAACCACAGUAUUCAAAGGGAGGAGAACACUGUUACUAUCAUGGGAUUAUUAGAAGUAUCAAGAACUCUAAAGCUGCACUUUCCACAUGUAAUGGGCUCCAUGGCAUGUUUGAUGAUGGUACUUAUGUGUACUUGAUUGAGCCUAUGGAGUUGACUCACAGUAUAACAAGCAUAGGUAGGCCACAUGUCAUCAAAAAAACAUUAGGAACAACUACCUCCAAGGGAUUGGAAGAUCUUGAUUUUGACUCUACUUCUGAAUGGCCCUACAUGUCUGAGUUGCAGUGGCUAAGAAGAAGAAGAAGGAGGGAUGUAGCACAUGGAAUAUUUGAAGAAACAAAAUACCUGGAGCUUAUGAUUGUUAAUGACCAUAAAAUGUUCAAAAAGCAUCGAUCAUCCCAUGCUUAUACAAACAACUUUGCGAAGUCUGUGGUAAACCUUGUAGAUGCUAUUUACAAGGAGCAAUUGAAUACCAGGGUUGUUUUGGUUGCCGUUGAAACCUGGUCAGACAGGGAUCGUAUUAAUAUUCGCCCUGACCCAAGGCAGAUGCUUCAUGACUUCUCCAAAUAUCGACUGCAUUUCAUCAGACAGCGUGCUGAUGCUGUACACCUUCUUUCGAAUGUAACAUUUCAUUACAAAAGGAGUAGCCUGAGUUACUUUGGAGGAGUUUGUUCUGUGGCUAGAGGUGUUGGAGUAAACGAGUAUGGCCUUCCCUUGGCAAUGGCACAAGAACUAUCCCAAAGCCUGGCUCAGAAUCUAGGAAUACAGUGGGAGCCAGGAGCCAGAAAACCAAAAUGUGACUGCACAGAAUCCUGGGGUGGAUGUCUCAUGGAGGAAACAGGUGUUUACCACCCCAGAAAAUUCUCCAGGUGCAGCAUUGAAGAUUACAAAACAUUUUUACGUCGAGGGGGUGGUUUCUGUCUUUUCAACAGGCCCACAAAGUUGUUUGACACCACUGAAUGUGGAAAUGGGUAUGUGGAACCAGGAGAAGAAUGUGACUGUGGUUUCCAAGUGGAUUGCCAUGGAGAGUGCUGUAAGAAAUGCUCUCUCUCUAAUGGAGCUCAUUGCAGUGAUGGCCCAUGUUGUAAUGAAACCUGCCUUUUUUUUCCACGAGGCUUUGAAUGCCGGGGUGUUGUGAAUGAGUGUGACAUUCCAGAGAUCUGCACUGGAGACACUGGGCAGUGCCCACCAAAUCUUCAUAAGCAAGAUGGAUUUGCUUGUGAUUCUAAUCAGGGGCGUUGCUACAAUGGAGAGUGCAAGACUAGAGAUAAUCAGUGCAAAUACAUCUGGGGAACUAAGGCUUCAGGGUCUCAUAAACACUGUUAUGAGAAGCUUAACACGGAAGGCACUAAAAAGGGAAACUGUGGAAAGGACGGUGAUAACUGGAUUCCAUGCAACAAACAUGAUGUGUUCUGUGGUUUACUGCUUUGUGCAAAUCUUGAUGGAGUUCCACAAAUUGGUCACCUUCAGGGAGAAAUUACUCCAACUUCUUUUUUCCACCAAGGUGUAGUAGUGAAUUGCAGUGGUGCUCAUGUACUUUUGGAUGAUGAUACAGAUUUAGGAUAUGUAGAAGAUGGAGCCCCAUGUGGUCCUCAUAUGAUGUGUAUGGACAGAAGAUGCCUAUCCAUUCAGGCUCUGAACAUCAGCAGUUGCCCUAUUGGUGCUAAUGGAAAAGUUUGUUCAGGGCAUGGGGUGUGCAGUAAUGAAGCCACGUGUAUUUGUAACCAUACCUGGGCAGGGACAGAUUGUAGCAUGUUUGAUCCUAUAAAGCCGGAAGACCCGGGUAAAACCGAAGGACCAAAGGAAAUGUCAAAAAGAGAAGAUACGAUCCCAGUCAAGGAGGUAUCUAAGGAACUCGCUGGAAGAGCUUUUCUGGUGCACUACUGGAUUUUGGGUAUAGUGGCUUUUUGUAGUAGCUGUACAGAAAAUACAUCACUGCAGAAGAAAAUUAAGAAAGGUGAUGAUUUACUACAAACUGCAAGCUGAGAUAUUAAUGAAAGGGCUGAAGGAAAAUCUGUCCUUUUUGGAGAUUCAAGUUCAAGAACUCCCUUCACUCAUCUCUCUCUUUUUUUUUAGGUUGUUAGAGACAAGACAAAUGUUAUAAAUGAACUAUUUUGGCCUAAUUUUAAAAAAAACAAAGAAUGGAGUAAACAAACCAAGUGCAAUAAGAGAACUGUUUCAAAAAUAAUCAAAUAGAUAAAAGAGUUUCUUAACUGAGAACUUGAGUACGCAUGACCUUUUUCAUAUUAAUGACAGACUCCAGUGGCAUGAUAAGCUAACUUUUGAAACGGUAACCUGCAUGGCGCAUAUAUACAGCAAACGAGCUAGCAAGCUGACCCCCAAGCAAAAUCUGCAUACCAAGUAACAAAUAAAUACAAAACAUAGAAAAGCUGAUUCUGGAUUCUUAUGAAAUCACUUUCCACCAGUGCAACACAUACUGCUCUCUGAGCUCUAUAGCUCCCUUCCUAAUACAUGUAUUCCUCAUUAAUCUUUUUGUUUUGUUUUUUGAGCAAAGUUCAUUGGUGUGGCAGGUCAUGCCAUGAUGAUGCAUAGUUUUAAGUAUGGAAAUAAGAUAUUUUUUGUUAUAUCACUCUGAGAUAUAUAUCAGUUGUCUUAAACCUUUUGUUCUCUGUGUAAACCUAUUUCCAUGAGUUUGUAAAGCCUUUAAAAAUGUUAUCUUUUAACUUUUUUGUAGCAUGUAAUAUAAUGAGGAUUCUAGAUUUGCUCUAAAAAGGCAUAUAUCACAUGCAGAUGCAGGGAGUUCCAGCAGAAAACAGGCGUGCUUUUUAAAUUUGUAUGCUUGAAACCAAAAAAACAACCCCAUCCAAAACCUAUUAAUAUGUGUAAAGGCAUAUGUAUGCAAUGAGUUUUCCUCUUUCUGAAUGCAUUAUUUGCUGUCAUGCAGAUAUUUUGUAUAUAAUGUAAGAAAGUUGACACCCUCUCAAAUUAAUCACAGAAGUGCCAAGCUUAUAACUUUUUAAUUUUACCAUCUGUUUUCCUUUCACUAUCUCACAUCGUAUGAAAGGAAAAGAAGCCUAAAUAAGCCUUAAAAUAUCUAUAAAAUACUGAGAGCUUUUAAUAGGUUAAGGCUUUCCCAUUUAUUGUUUCGUAUUCCUUACCACCUCCUCAACCUGAGGUCCAGCUUUCUGUUUCUGAAAAGCUUGUAAAACUGAACCAAACAUCCAUAUUUAUCUGUGUAAUAUGUACCUUUCAAAGCACAGCCUUGAAUGUCACUUUCUAGACUACUUGUGGUUACUGUCAUUGCUCACAUCUGUUUGGUAAAAUAAGGAUACUAUUGUGAUUUAUAUAUUCAGAUAGUACUACUUCAUGCUUACGCAUGAGAGUCUAUUUAAGUAUUCAUUAUUUCUCUCUUGUCCUCAUGCUUCAGUUCAAUAGUCACAUCAGUUCACUACCUGCUGUAAAAUGUAAAAAGCAGUAGUGGUAAAGCUAUAACUUCCAUUAGCAUCUCAGAGUAAGUUGUAUUGUGAUUAAAGCAUGUCUGAACUGGUGCCCUUCUGCAGGGUGAUCGUGUAUUAGCUUUAUGCUGAUACCACAUUAUCUUGUGGGAUGCUGCUAGGUGCUGCUGGAAUCACACAGGUUGUCCAUCCAUGCCUGCUGGGAAACAGUGAUAGGACAUCUUGCAUAUAACCAGCUGUGGUUAGAGACAGUAAUUGUCCUAACCCUUCCUUUCAAUUCUUGUUGCAUCAGACCAGUAGGAACAGAAGGUGCAGUCACAGCCAGAGCUCCAAAUGCUUUGUCUGGUGCUCAUUCAUGCCAGUGGAAGACUCCUUUUUGAUUACAAUUGGCGGUAGGUUUGUACCUCCAAAGUCUCAGGCAGUUAAAAACGUCUGGUUGUUUUAGUGCAUAUUAAUUUAAUCCAGCUGAUCCUAGAGAUAUUACUUUCAAUGUAUACUGAUGUAAAUAUUUUACCAUUUUAAGAUUAUUUUCCCACAGCUUAAUUCAGAACUAUUCUUAAUAACAAAGUUAAACCAUGACAGUUUUUAAAGAUACCUUUUAAAUGUGUUGAAUCUGUUUUGAGAUUUAACUGUAGAACUUAAUAAAACAUCAUUCUUCGAGACACCAUUCUUUCUUCAUGCUGUUAAUUUGUUUUCAGUUAUGUAUCGUCAUAGUAGCCUUUCCCAUGAAAACUGUCCUUUAGGUAAAGACUGUUUUCACAAAAUUGCCAUAAUUGAUUAAAAAUUGUUGUUAUGAAUAAAAGAUGCAACAGGCAAGCCUGAAAUAUAUUCAGAGCAUUGAUACUCAGCUUUCAUAAGACUCUCUGAUAAAGGCCGUUCUGCCCAAGCAACCAUUUGCAGACAAUGUUGUGUGUUGCUUUUCUUCUUGAACUGAAAACAAAAUUGGCUCUGAGUCUCUGAAAGUAAAAAAUAUAUUUGAUGUACUCCAUUCUGGAUCCUCUCACUUGUAGUACAAAGUUGUCCAUAUAACUGUUUUUCUUAAUGACACUUUGCUUUCAAGUAUAUUUGGGAUAAUGAUAUCUAAAUAGGUGCUAAGGACUCUCUUUGGUUCUGAUGUUCUGGAAGUGAUGUGGUAACCACAGUAGACGAUGCCAUUCAGUAUGGUUAGAAAAAUAAAUUUGUUGCAUUUGGGGCGGGGGGGGGGAAUCUCUUCCAAGUAAUUCACAAAAACAUUGUAAAUGUGCGAUGUGAUGUUUUUAAUCAGACCACACUGGUCCCCAAUUAUGUACAUAUGGUAAGAGUUGGUGUAACUUUUUGUUACACUAGCAGUUUCAUAAGAAAUAUAAUUUCUUGUCUCAGUUUCUCCUUUGUUUUUCUGUUGUGUGUUUAAAAUACACAAACUUUAUGUAUAGAAUGUAAAUGACCAUGCAACCACAUAGCUCACAGAAGUGGAUUGUAAUGUUUUCUGUAGUACUAGAGUUAUCUAAUUGCAUCUGUUAAAGUAGAUAUUUUAUUUAUUAAGUCUUCAUUUGCCACAUUUUGUAGAGAAUAUAUACUACUUGCGUUCUUUUUUAACCAUAAGUGUCAUUUUUAGUGUUGUUUGGCAGAACAAGUGUCAAUUUCAUACACUAUAUUUUUGCUCUAUUAAAAAGGAUUCAUUUUGGCAGGAAAAUGUAUGGAAAUUUCUAUAGCUUAUGUUGAUAUGCUGCAUGAUCCCACUGAAUUGAGUCAAUCCUCUACUAAGAGGAAAGCUCCACUACUCAAAUUAACAAAAGUAUAUUAUAGGUGCAUGUUAAAAUAAAGUACAUAGAACUGGAGUUUUACAAAGUUUUCUUUACUAUGCAAUGAUAGGUAUUGCACAAUCUUAAAAUUCAAAGACAGGUGUCUGAGGAACUUUACAAAUAAUACUUGAAUUUAUUUUUGAUCUAAGAAGCUAUCAAUCAUAUUUUAUAUUCAUUGUUGCUUCCACUAUUAAUCUUCCUUUAAAAUUGUUUGUAAUUAUUUUUUUAAGUGCGCAAUAUGACAUAAACUAGUUUUUGUUUGAAGUUAAUACUCAUUCAUAUCUUGUGGGCUGCUGAUGAAUGGGAAUUCAGUUGUCAUUGUUCUGCAUCUUAGCAAAUGAGUAUUAAAGACUUCAUGAACAUGGAAAGCUUCAA